AGCUGCAACGGCGUCCCCGGCCAUGGCUUCCCUCUUCCUCCUCCAUGUCAAGAUCGCCGCCAUCGCUGUGCUCCGCGCCGUGGCGACUACUGACUGCUCGACGGCGGACAACUACACGGCCGGCAGCCAGUACCAGAGGAACCUCGCCGAGCUCCUGUCCAGGCUCCCCGCGGCGGCCGUCGGCAACGGCUGGUUCUACAAGGGCAGCGCCGGGGCGGGCGCCGACGAGGUGUUCGGCCUCAUCAUGUGCUACGCCGACUACAACGCGACGGCGUGCCUCGACUGCCUCUCCAGGGCGCCCGCCGGGAUCACGACGGUGUGCCCGGGCAGCCGGAGCGUCCGCACCAUGUACAGCCCGUGCGUCGUCCGGUACUCGGACACGCCAAUCCCGGCCACCGCCGACCUCGCCAUCUUGUACAGUGUGUACGACACCAUCCCUGUGGUGCCCAUCAGGUCGGAGAGCGCGCGAGCAGCCUGGGUGCCGCUGAUGAGCAAGCUCACCGGUGGCGUCGCCGCCUCGCCGCUGCGGCUCGCCAACGGCAGCACGCCGUUCCCGGGCUCGCAGAGGAUGUACGGUCUGGCGCAGUGCACCAGGGACCUCAACGCCAGCGAGUGCUCCAACUGUAUCUCAAGCUACACGGACAUGCUGGAGAAGCUGUUCCCAAACAACACCUCAGGCGUCAUCAACGGGUACAGCUGCUACCUGCGCUACCAGGUCGGCCAGGAACUCGACAUCACCCUGCCGCCGGCACCGGCGCCGUGGCCGCCAGCUCCGGCGCCGGCGCCGCCAGCUCCAGGAGCUUCAUUGUCUUCCAAGAACCGCAUCGUGAUCGGCAUGUGCGUCGGUAGCACCUUGUUCUUGAUAGUCCUGGCCUUCUCCAUGUGGCUCCUCCGGCGACGGCGGAACAAGGCUAAGCUCCUCGAGGAAGAGAGGGAGAUGGAAGAGGAGUUCGAGGAAGGGGCCGGGCCGAAGCAGUUUCGCUACCGCGAGCUCGCCAUUGCCACCGACAACUUCUCCGACAAGCAGAAGCUCGGGGAAGGUGGCUUCGGGUCGGUGUACAGAGGAUUCCUCAAGGAGAUGGGCGGCCUUGAGAUCGCCAUCAAGAGGGUGUCCAAGGGCUCCAAGCAGGGGAGGAAGGAGUACGCCUCGGAGGUGAGGAUCAUCAGCCGGCUGCGGCACCGGAACCUCGUGCAGCUCAUCGGCUGGUGCCAUGGCGGCGGCGAGCUCCUCCUCGUCUACGAGCUGAUGCCCAAUGGCAGCCUCGACACGCACCUCUACAGCGACCCGGCGCUGCCAUGGCCGCUCCGGCACGACGUCGUGCUGGGGCUGGGGUCGGCGCUGCUGUACCUGCAUCAGGAUUGGGAGCAGUGCGUUCUUCACAGGGACAUCAAGCCGAGCAACGUGAUGCUCGACGCGUCCUUCCACGCCAAGCUCGGCGACUUCGGGCUCGCCAGGCUCGUCGACCACGGCCGGCGCUCGCACACCACGGUGGUCGCCGGCACCAUGGGGUACAUGGACCCGGAGUGUAUGAUCACCGGCCUGGCUGACACCGAGUCGGACGUCUACAGCUUUGGCGUCGUCCUCCUCGAGAUCGCCUGUGGCCGGCAGCCCCCGGUGGCUCGCCACAGGGACGACGACGUGAACCGGCCUCUGGUGGAGGAAGACGAAGACGAAGACGACGUCAUCCACCUCGUGCAAUGGGUGUGGGAGUUCUACGGCAGGGGAGCCAUCCUCGACGCCACCGACGCGCGGCUGACAUGGGAGUUCGACGCCCGGGAGAUGGAGGCGGUGAUGGUCGUCGGGCUGUGGUGUGCGCACCCUGACCGGAGCCUGAGGCCGUCCAUCAGACAGGCCCUCAACGUGCUGCGACCAGGAUUUUGGGUAUUGGUUUGA